AUGGCUCUCCGGCAGCUUUACACUCUCUCCGUGGCACUGUUGUGGGGCUGCAUGGUGUCCUCCUCCUACCACACCACAGUUGCUCCCCCACAAGACCUUCAGAUUACUGAUCCUGGACUCUUAGGUUCUCUUGAUAUAGAGUGGAAACCUCCACUCAAUGUACAAACCUUCAAUGAAUGCACAGUAAAAUACAAGUUUGAGUACCGCAACACUGGUGACAGAGACUGGAAGGUUAUUUUUACUAGGAAGCUAAAAUUCAGAGUUGGAUUUGACCUCAGCAGGACUGCUGAAGUGAAGGUACAGACUCUGCUCGAAGGACGGUGUACUGAUGACGUGGAGGUGCAAAGUGACUGGAUUUAUGCUACCUUUCAGGUCCCAUUGCAAGGAAGACUGGAAUCAGAGGUUCAGAAUUUCCACUGCGUCUAUCAUGACUGGGAAUACCUCAAAUGCACUUGGCAACCAGGCCUCCUUGCUCCUCGCGGCGUACAUUAUGGACUAUAUUAUUGGUAUGAGGGGCUGGACCACGCAGUGCAGUGUGAUGACUAUAUUCAGGAUCACGGUAUAAACAUCGGUUGCAUGUUGCAAAAUCUGAGCCAGGCAGAAUAUAAGGAUCUGAGCAUUUGUGUCAAUGGUUCGGCGCCAGCCACUCUGCUACGGCCGUUGUACAUCACCCUUCGCCUUCACAACCUAGCAAAGCCCUCGCCCCCAAAGCAGCUGGUGGUUUCCAUGUCUGCAUCUGAGGAGCUCCAUGUGGUGUGGAGCCCGCCGGAUGGUGAAACGCCACCCCAGUGCCUGGAGUACGAGGUUCAGCUGGCAGAAGAUCAGGGGGAGGCCAAGGCUGCCUGGGCGUCUGUGUCAACCCAAAUGGAGACUGCUUUAACAAUUUCCAGAGCAAAUCAAAGCAUUCCAUGUGUUCGUGUCAGGGGGAGAACAAAUAUUUUCUGUGCUGACGAGGGCUUUUGGAGUGAAUGGACGCAAGAGUGUUUCUCUGUGUCCAGAAAAGAGGACAAGCAGCUAUUUAUCCUCAUUCCAGUCAUUCUGAGUUUGUCAAGUAGUCUCAUAAUAUUUAUGUUGAUUGGCCAGUGCAAGAAAAGAUCCCCAGCAGGAAAGCCAUUGCAUGCAUCAGUGGGAUGUUAACUCUGCUUGCAACUGCUGUACCACUUGUGUUUGAUGGAUUGCUCUUAGAACAUCAUCCCAAGGACAGAUGAGAAGCCCUGAGCUUUCUAUAGCCCACGUGGGUCUUCCCUACCUGCUGCCAUUUGCAAGGUUGGUUGUUGCAAUUCAAGACCUCAAUGGG